AUGCAAACCACCGCAUGCAAAAGUUGUACGGAAAACACAGACUAUUCAGAGACUCAAGCUGGGGCACCACAGAACCCACCCUCUAAAAGGCCGAGACUGAGGAGUCAAUUAGCAAUUGCAUUAACCAGGAGACGUGUGCAACAUUACAUUCGUCGCCUAAACUCCACUGUUCAGCGCCAAGUGAUAACUGGGCUGCAGUUGAGAUUACUCUUGCGCCGGAUACACCGUUGUCAUAGCGGUCAAUCGCUCGCGCUCUGCGAUGACUCAACGAACAGCACGCAGUGUUCCAUUCGACAUUCACUACAUCAUGCCUGGGCUUUACUGAACAGACUGAAUCAAACCAAAGCGCCAAAAAAAGCAUCAGAGGCAGUUGAACCAUUGACGGUAUGUCAACAUCGGAUCAUCAGUUCGCUGUCAAGCGAAUCACAGAAGGAGAUUCCCAACAAGGAUUCACAGGGCUCCGGUAAUCCAGAAAAGUGCAUGUUCGUGGAGCAUAUACUUGAAACUUUCGAUGCGAAAGAUGCUUCUCCGGAAAAGUUUCGUGGAACACAUCUUGAGCGCAUCAGCCCACCCAUGUUGGAAGCUUUACACGAGGAAAGACAGGUGAGAGACAUGAUAGCCUCAAAUGGAACAUCGCAUCAAUCGACGAUUACAAGUGAGGAUAGUGUCCGCUUUUCGCCAGAGAUGGUUAAACUAGCUGGUUCCUCUGAUACCGCCCUGGAUUUAACCACCCGUACGGGUAAUCCCACCGGAAUGGCUAUUCUACAUCGACCUUGGUGCAACGAUGAUGUAGACGAGUUAACACACUCAACAGGCGUUGGUCAUAAGCAAAGUUAUGGAGACGCGACUGUCAGCUGCACCUCAGAGCCAAUGAAAAUAGUUGGAACCGAAUCCACAUCGUGUUCAAAUGUAAUGGGAAUAAUCACUACCUCAGAAUCUCUGAACCGCAAUGCCACCGAGAUGAACAUUUCCAACAUUCCCCUUACCACACCCAGUCUCCCUUACAUGUACGGCCCAGGGCCGCCAAUCGACUUGUUCGCAGUUGCGGCCUGUGCAGCUGCCUUUGCACAAAACAGUCAAGCCACCGUUUCACCUGCACCUGCACUGUUUGCCUCCAGUAUGCAACCGAUUAUGCAAUCGCAAGCGCCCUUUUCUUCGACUGUCACCGUAACCGGUGGUUCACAUGCUUUUCAGCAAUGCGACAGAUUUAACACUGUUAAUGGAGGUACCGGGUCGACCACACCUAAUCGUCAUUUCACACAUUCCGAGGUAUUAGGCACGCAACAGACUUCCUGCACUCAACCUCCCUACUGGUCUUCCUCACUUGCUCUCUCUCCGUUCGGUGGCUUGCAGGGUCCACUGUCAAGUGCCCCACCGGGAUCCAUAGGCAUGCAAGUCAAUGUGAGAGCACAAACGCUGUAUGAUCAAUCGAUGCUGGAUGAUAGUGAACUUGAUGAUACGUGUGGACGGUCAAAUAAUCGAACGGGAUCACCCAGUGGUAAUAGGACCAGACCGUCCGAGGACUACUUGGAACAAUUUAUGAAAGUUGACCCUUCACAGAACAUCUUAUGGCGUCAAUUGGCAGAACGUUUUCAACGAACUCUUGCUCCCAACCAAUGUGGGGUAUGCAACAAAGUGUUGAGCUGCCGCAGUGCGUUGACAAUGCACUACCGCGUACACACAGAGGAACGGCCUUUUGUAUGCAUUAUAUGUGAGAAGCGAUUUUCGACAAAAGGAAAUUUGAAAACGCAUUUGGGGCAACAUCACGAAACUAUUGAAGCCUAUCGUAAUGCUGUGGCUCUAGCGAUGGCUACUGGGUCGGCUUUGCCACGCCCCCCUCCAAUGUCUUCUACCACCGCCGUGCCCUCGACAGGAAUGAAAGGUUCUGUCACAGAAAAUACACCUCCUAACCAAUCGAACAAGCAAGAUGAUGAGGCGACCGUGUCCUACGCGAACACGUCACCCAGCAGCUGCAUGUACCGACUUACUCCGCCGGCAGAUUUACCGAUGAUGUCCAGUUCCGUAUCCUUCGGAUUCCCACCGUGGAGCACAAGUUUAGGGCUUCUGCCAUCGUUUCUUCGACCUAUGCUUCCGUCAAUUUUUAUGGCACCCACGACACAAACCGGCAGAUCGGACCAGAAAAAUGCGGACGAAUGGAAGCAUAUUGAGACACAGCGGACCGACUUUGCGAACAGGUCUUUUCAGACAAACGAUGAAACCAAAUGGGACACUUCGAGUACACCAAACAGCGCACACUUGUCCGGUGAUUACUCAUUCGCAUAUCAAACAAUGAGAGCGGAUGGCAAAGGUUCGAGUAUAACACCAAACAAUAUCCAACGCACUGCGAGCACGCCUGUUAAACCACGCGCAUUUGUCGGUUUUCCCAGGCAAAUAAAUGACUUAUCCAUAUUAACAACCGAAAGAUAUAACUGACAGACUCCAGUGGUACUAAGAUUGCCGAACACC